UACAUUUUCGGGUGUUUUGCAUCAAAAGAAAAAUCUUAAACUACAUAGCUACAGGCGUAUAGUAACACUCCAAAAGAGGCAAAUUCAAUUCCUUUAGAACCUCUAGAACCUCUAAAUUCUCAUACGCAAAUUCGUCACUCAUACGCUAAUUCCAAAGCUCGAAUUGCAGUGUCUUAGUGUCUACAUUGCUUGCAGUCCUGGGGUUUUGUAUUAGUUGUUACUUGUGACAAUGAGCCGGCCAGCAACUCGUAACAAGAAUAAACGCAAUAGACCGGAGGAUGAAGUUGAUGCAAAAUCUGAAAUCUUGAGGAGGAUUCACUCAACCGGGCAAGUUACAGAUGAUGAUUUAUCACAACUUUACAAUAUUAGAAAGACUAGUUGCCAAGGGUGCCGUGUCAAUACAAAGGACAAUCCCAAUUGUUUCUGUGGGCUAAUCCCACUCUCAAAUGGAAGCCGUAAAACUGGAUUGUGGCAAAAGAUUUCAGACGUAAUUAGUUCAUUUGGUCCUGAUCCAAGUACGGAUCUUAGAUCUUCGGUUGAUUCUCCUGCUGGUUUGACAAAUUUGGGGGCCACAUGCUAUGCCAACAGCAUACUUCAGUUCCUUUACAUGAACAGGGCUUUUCGCGAGGGUAUUUUUUCUGUUGAACCGCAUGUUCUUAAGCAGCAACCUGUGUUGGAUCAAUUGGCACGCCUUUUUGCACAGUUGCAUGGCAGUAAGAUGGCUUUUAUUGACUCUGCACCUUUCAUAAAAGAGCUCGAGUUGGAUAAUGGUGUUCAGCAGGACAGCCAUGAGUUCCUCACUUUACUUUUGUCUUUGGUGGAAAGAUGCUUGAGCCAUUCUGGAGUCCCGGAGGCAAAAACAAUUGUUCAAGACCUUUUUAGGGGAAGCAUGUCACAUGUUACCAGAUGUUCGAAAUGUGGGCAAACUUCUGAAGCGUCUUCAAAUGUGGAGGACUUUUAUGAACUGGAAUUGAAUGUGAAGGGGUUAAAGAGCUUAGAUGAAAGUUUAAGUGAUUACCUUAGCGAGGAAAAACUUGAAGGGGAUAAUCAAUAUCACUGUGACUCAUGUGGGACUAGAGUUGAUGCUACUCGCUCUAUUAAAUUGCGCACUCUGCCGCCUGUAUUGAACUUCCAGCUGAAGCGAUGUGUCUUCCUCCAAAAGACAACAACAAAGAAGAAAAUCACUUCUGCGUUUUCUUUUCUUGACAAGCUGGAUAUGGGACAAAGACUUGCCGAGCCCUUAGAAUCAGCUUUAGUCUAUGGCUUAUCUGCAGUGCUGGUUCAUAAGGGAACUGCUGUCAACAGUGGCCAUUAUGUGGCUCACAUCAAGGAUGAAAGCAGCGGGCGGUGGUGGGAGUUUGAUGAUGAACAUGUUUCGAGCUUAGGAUAUCAUCCUUUUGGAGAAGGUUCAUCGCGUUCUGCCUCUGAGACAGACGGCACACCUAGCCCAGUAGCUAAGAAUGCUGUUUCAGAUGAGAAUCACAAUGAUGUUGACCAGCGUGGGUCAUCUAAUGUAAAUGGUCAUGUGGAGAGUUAUUCAUCAAGCGAUGCAUAUAUGUUGAUGUAUACUCUUAGAUCUAGAAAGAGAAUUCAGAAUGGGUCGAUGGUGUAUAAUGCUAGCAAUGAGAAAAUUGCUGGUGCUUCAGUUCCAGUUAACAGUAGUCUUCCCCUUCCACCUCAUCUUGCUGAUGAAAUAAAAGCACUAAAUGAUUUGUACCUUGAUUCAUGUGAAAAAUACAAUUCCAGAAAGGAACGGGAGGUGAACACCAUCACAGAGCGAAGACAAGAAGUCCGUUCUAUUCUUUCAGAAGCACCUGUUCUUUCCCUUGAAGAACCAUACUUCUGGAUAUCCAUGGAAUGGCUACGGCAAUGGGCUGACAACGUGACUCCUUCUGCCAUAGACAACAAAAUAAUUCAGUGCAUGCAUGGGAAAGUACCAGUGUCAAGUAUUGUUGCCAUGAAACGGUUGUCAGCUAAAGCUUGGACUUUAUUAUUUUCCAAGUACAAUGGAGGUCCUUGUCUGGGCAAGGAGGACUAUUGCAUUCACUGCUUAAUGGAUUCAGCACGUGCAAUUGUUACUGCUGAUAGCUAUAGAGAUAGAAGGGCACACAUGAAAGACCUUGCAGAAUCUGCACUUGCAGGCAAACAUCUGGAGGGUAAACUGUACUACAUCUCUAAAACAUGGUUACAUCUGUGGUUGCGGAGAAAGGCUAGUGAUAACCCCUCUGAAGCUGAUACAGGACCUACAGCUUCAAUAAGGUGUCCGCAUGGGCAACUCAUGCCUGAGCAAGCUACUGGUGCUAAGCGAUUAUUAGUUCCUGAGAGUCUCUGGAUUCUUCUCUAUGAAAAUUCUAACUUGGUGAAGCCAGAUGAUCAGUUGGGAUGUUCAACUUUUCCAUCAGAUGCAGAGACAUGUACAGAGUGUCGUCUGGAGCUCACUGAAGUGGCUUCUUUGGAGGAUACUCUGAGAGAAGUCAAGUUGAAACAGCGGCAGAACCAUGAGAAAUUGGCUCUUGGAAAGGGUGUCCCACUUUCUGCUAAUUGCAAGUACUACUUGCUGCCAUCUUCUUGGCUGUCAACAUGGAGAAGCUACGUAAAUAUAAGUGGAAAAAAUUCAACUUCAACUAUGGAGCCUGAGCGCCUAGAUGGUGUCAUUGAUUCACUUAUAUGUCCAACACAUUCUCGACUGCUGGAGAGGCCUUUGGGCUUGACAUGCAAACGUGGGGUAAUAUCGCAGAAGAUCUCUGCGACAGAUGGCCUGAUGAUGGUAACUGAAAAUGACUGGAAACACUUCUGUGAAGAAUGGGCUGGAAAAGAAGAGAGAGGCAUACUGGCUGAGAUUGAAUUUAAGAAUGUGAAUGAUGGAUCUUGCCAGGAGAUUCCAAUUACAGAGGAUAUUAUGAAUGAUAAUCAAAAUAAUGAGCUGGAGUCUAGGGAGCCUGUGAUAAAAACUUCUCCUGAGAUAUGUGAAGAAUGCAUUGGAGAGAGAGAAAGCUGCGAGUUGAUGCGGAGACUCAAUUAUAGUAACGAGGACAUUUGUGUUUGUUUUGUACGUGGCAAGGAAGUUCCGAAAUCAAUUUUAGAAGCUUCUGGGAACAAUUCUGAGGCUGAUCGUCGGACCUCCAAGCGCUCCAGAAAGACAUCUUUUGGCAAUUCCAAAAAUUUGAAAGUUUCAGGUUCUACGACGAUAUAUCAAUUAAAGAUGAUGAUCUGGGAAUCUUUCGGGGUGGUUAAAGAAAAUCAGACACUCCACAAAGGAUCCAAGGUGAUCGACGGAGAGUCUGAUACCCUGGCUGAUUUCAAUAUUUUCCCAGGGGACUUGCUAUGGGUGACUGAUUCAGAAAUUCAUGAAUAUCGUGACAUAGCUGAUGAACUUUCGGAGCAGAAGUUUGAAGUUCGACAAGCUGAAGAAGGGUUUCGUGGAACACUGUUGACUUCGAACACCUCGCAAGUGGUCUGAGGGCCAGCUUCUAGUCCACAUUUUGUUUAUUGAUAGUUCCAGCCUACCAGGAGCAUAUCCUACCUUGACUUUUUCUAGAUCGUCUAGCAUUUUGGUUAAUGUCGCGGCUUUGCUUUGAUUUAAUUUGCGGGGGAUUUCCCUCUUCCCCAAAACUUUUGGCAGGGGAACAAGGUGAUCAUGCCUUCUGGAUUGUGAUAUAUAUGAGAAGAGAGGCUGAGGGGAUCAAUUUUGACGUCAUAGAAUCCCUUUCGAUCCGGAAUCUAGUUACCAGUGUGAAUUUCAUUGUAUUAUGUUGUGUUCUCUAAUCAUGGUUGAAUGGAGCUGUAUAAUAGUAGCUUUAUGGACUUAUGAACUUGUACUUUUGCCACACUCGUUAUUCAAUGAAAAGGCUUUGUGAUCUUCUCAAAUCAAAAUUUCCAUUACAUCCCUUUUUGGGAGAUUUAUUUUUCUAAUUAUUAGUUUUGGUA